AAAAGCCCAGUGAGCUCGGAGGCGUCUCAGUUGUCUAACGACUUCUGACCAAGAAGUGUCUAAGUGGAUACAACUGAAGAAGCUCCUCUUCGACUAACAACAUCCAAACGGAUUAUUUUUAAGCAUUUUUCUCUUACGGAACUUAAGAAAACAAGUCUGAAACCAUGCCCGUGUCGAGGGAGAGAAUGAGGCCAUGGCUGGAGAAGAUGAUCGAGUCCAAAUCCAUCGCGGGCCUGACUUGGAUGGACAAGGAGAAGAUGACGUUCUCCAUCCCCUGGAAGCACGCGGCUCGUCACGGCUGGGAGCUGGACAAGGACGCGUGUCUGUUCAAGAAGUGGGCCAUUCACACCGGGAAGUACGUGGAGGGCCAGGCCUGCGACCCCAAGACGUGGAAGGCCAACUUCCGCUGCGCCAUGAACUCGCUGCCCGACAUCGAGGAGGUGAAGGACAAGAGCAUCAACAAGGGCCACCAGGCCAUGCGUGUGUUCAGGAUGCUGCCCGUCGCCCCCAAAUCGCGAGAUAAGCGGAGCAAGGGGAAGGAAGCGAAGCACAGGAAGAAGAGCUCGGUCAAGAUGCAGGAGGACCCCGACUACAGCGACACGCAGUCCCCCGUGGCCCCGUCGCUGCCGGAGGAGAGCAUGUCCACACAGGAGAACACCAUCGACAGCACGGUGCACACGGAGCAGCAAGACUUCUCCUUCGUCACCCCGUCCGAAGUUCCCGAGUGGUCCCUGUCCGUGGAAAUCGGGCCCGACGCGUUCCCUCCCACCCUCAGCCACAGAUUUGAGGUUUCGCCCGACCACAGCCCCGGUUACUACGACGACGAUAUUGUCCAGAUUUGCCAGCAACUGGAGAGAGAAUCACAGCUUUUCCCAAGCACUGUAGACGACAGGGGGUUCCUGAGCAAUGAAGCAUGCACCAGUCCAGGCAGCCAGUGGAGUGAAUCCUCCUCAGGAGACGAUGUAGAAGAAGCGCCACAGUACACAACCCUCGGCACAGACUUCACGAAUCACACAGACGACUUCUGGAACGCUCUGUUCAUGAAGGCCGGCGUGGUUUAAACCUUUGAACUCUGGACUCUUUUUAAACUCGGGACCCGUCCCCUCCGGUCUGUGACGGGAGGAGGCCUCGCCCAAAGCUACGCAGACCCCCCCCACGGAUGCUGUGCGUCGCAGCAGCGGGAGAAUCCUCUGCUCAGAUGUAAAUGUGAAGCAAUGAAGAAGCGUGCACUGCUGGUUGUUUUUGAUGGGUUUACAGCUUUAUUAUCGUGCAGGCCAAACGUAAACAGUCUCCCACUAACAACAGGCAGUUAAGGGCGGUUCAGGGUGAUCAUGUACCUACAAUACCUACAAUAACUUCUGUUCUUCCGUUAUUCAUGUAGAUGUGAAUAGGAUGUACAUAUCUUUCAGGGCCUGAGAGCGCCGUCUCCUUCACUUUCCUGUAGCUUGAGGUGAAUGUACAUUGUUUCUGUAAAUAGUUGUGUGUGCUGUGUUUUUAUAAAAUAAAAGAUAUGUUUUAUCUGGA